UUCCCUUCGAUCGCUAAAUCAAACGCACAUUGCACUGCAAAUGGCUUCUUCAACUGUCAUCUCUCCUUCGCUCAACGCCUCUUCUUCUUCUUCGGCUGCUGCUGCUGCUGCUUCUGCUUCACCAAAAGCUGCAAUCUGCCACGCGAAAAUCGCUGCUCUGUCUUCUUCGAGGUGCCAUUUGAGAGCCUUCUCUUCUUCUCUCUCGGGCACUGGAAUAACGACCAAAAGAGCAUCGUCAACGGUGAGCAUAAGCAGCAGCAGGAGGAGGAGCUUCAAGUGCUCGGCAGCCGCUCCUUCCGUUCUUCCCUCUGCCCUCCUCUUCGACUGCGACGGCGUCCUUGUCGACACGGAGAAGGACGGCCACCGCAUUUCCUUCAACGACACUUUCGCUGAAAGGGAAUUGGGCGUGACUUGGGAUGUGGAUUUGUACGGGGAGUUGCUCAAAAUUGGGGGAGGCAAGGAGAGGAUGACGGCCUAUUUCAACAAGACUGGUUGGCCAGAAAAAGCUCCUACAACCGAAGAGGAAAGAAAGGAAUUUAUUGCUUCUCUUCACAAGAGAAAGACAGAGUUAUUCAUGGCUCUUAUUGAGAAAAAGUUGUUGCCUCUUCGGCCUGGUGUUGCAAAAUUGAUUGAUCAGGCUUUGGCCAAAGGAGUAAAAGUUGCAGUUUGCAGUACCUCCAAUGAGAAGGCGGUCUCCGCAAUAGUUUCCUUCUUGCUGGGACCUGAGCGAGCAGAAAAAAUAAAGAUAUUUGCAGGAGAUGUGGUUCCUCGCAAAAAGCCUGAUCCAGCAAUUUAUGUAUUAGCAUCCAGCACCCUGAGUGUUGAACCGUCAAGUUGUGUAGUGGUGGAGGACAGCGCCAUAGGUCUUGCAGCAGCCAAAGCUGCAGGAAUGAAAUGUAUUAUAACAAAGAGUGGUUACACAGCAGAGGAGGAUUUUGAAAAUGCAGAUGCGGUAUUUGAUUGCAUUGGAGAUCCUCCAGAGGAACGAUUUGACCUGGCAUUCUGCGGGACACUUCUUGAGAAGCAGUAUGUUAGCUAAUAAUAACUAGCAGUCUUCAGGAAUGCUGCCUUGUCUAUUGCAUAUUCAAAGUUCUUUUCAUUCCCCUUUCCCUUCCCAAUAUUGCUUAUGAUAAAAGCCUUUUCCAGGUAUUAAUUUUCUCAAGGCUUUGUAAUAUAUUUAUCUAUAUUGGACGCCGCCAUUGAUAAGAUGCCUAAAUGUAAGUGUGCCAGAGCUGUGACUUUUCAGGAACAAUUUCGGUGUCAAUUGACGUCAAUUUGUUGCAGAAACCCUAUUCAA